AUGUACCCUGAGCCCACCGUGCUGGAGCUCUUCCGCGAGCUCAUUGGCCUCGUGGUGUACGAGCUCCUCAACUUGUUCUUCUGGCUGAUCGUCGUCACCUACCUCCGUGAGUUCCGCGUCCGGGGCCUGUUUAACGUCCCCAAAGAUGGGCCCGUCAUCUUUGUCAUUGCCCCGCACCACUCCCAGUUCUUCGACGGCGCCGUGGUGAUGACGACGAUCCGCGAGACGGGGAGGCGCCCGGCGUUUAUCAUCGCCAACAAGCUGUACCAGCUUAAGUUUAUUGGCGGGUUGGCAAAGUUGAUGCAGGCCAUCCCCGUGGAACGUGCCCAGGACGUGAUGAAGCCGCAACUGGGUAAGAUCCGCGUCGACCCCCAUGACCCUUAUAAAUUGAUUGGUGAAGGUACCAAGUUCACUCACGACGUUGAAGUCAAGGGGCUUAUCGGCCUCCCUGGAGGCCUGGGCACCGCAUCAGUGGAGUCAAUUGAGGACGACACUCACCUUACUUUACGCAAACCGUUCACUAACCUGAACCCUAAACUCCAGGCUAAAGCCGAUUUAUUAUUGGCUGAGGGUACCCUGUACAAAGCUGCCCCUCAUAUUGAUAACCACCAAGUGUUUGAGAAUGUCUUUAAACACUUGGCUCAGGGGAAAACCCUCGGGAUCUUCCCUGAAGGCGGGUCCCAUGACCGACCCGAUUUACUCCCCUUAAAACCCGGGGUGGCAAUUAUGGCGUUGGGGACAGUGGCCACUCAAUUACAAGCGGGAAUCACUAACCCUAAACCAGUGAAGAUCGUCCCUAUGGGGUUAAACUACUUCCACGCCCAUAAGUUUAGACUGCGGGCCGUGGUUGAAUUCGGCACUCCCAUCACCGUUACCAAGGAGAUGGCCGAAGACUAUAUCCUUAAUCUGAGAGAUACCACCUCCAAGCUUCUCUCCCAGAUCACCUACGCGAUGAAGGAAGUGGUGGUGGCGUGUAAGGACUACGACACGUUGGUGGCCCUCCAAGCGGCGAGACGCCUCUUUACGCUGGCGCAACGGGAACUGAUCCCGUUACCGUUAGUCAUGGAGAUGAACCGCCGCUUAAUUAGAGGUUAUGAAGAGCACGCCGACGAGCCCGACGUCAUCAAAUUGAAGCGUGACGUCAUCGCCUACAACAAACGAUUGAUGCGGUUAGGUCUCCACGACCACCAGGUGGAGCUGUUGACGGAAACCAAUAAGAUUGCUACGCUUGCAAACUUGAUCGGCCGGUUUAUCAAGUUCUUCACUUUUGCCUCGUUGUGUAUGCCCGGCACCAUCAUGUUUGCCCCCGUGUUUAUUUUGGGCAAGAUCAUCUCCCAACGCAAAGCGCGCCAGGCGCUCGCGGCGCUGACGGUGAAGAUCAAAGCCAACGACGUCAUUGCCACGUGGAAGGUGCUCGUAGCGCUUGGGGUGGCGCCGAUCCUCUACGUGUUCUACCUGGUGAUCGGGUGCUACAUCAUCAGUCUCUACCAUAUUGAGCCGUUGGCGCUGUGUCCUACCGUCGUCCAGUUCGUGGUGUGCUACGCUUUUGCCCUUUUGAUCACGUACUCGCUGCUCCGGUUCGGCGAGGUCGGUGUGGACUACUACAAGUCGCUCGCGCCGCUUUUCAUCCUGCUUGUGCUGAGCUCGUUUGGCACCAAGAUCAUCACCAAUCUCCAGCGGGACCGGCGCAAUCUCCUGGACCAAGUCCAGCUGUUUGUCGCCAAAUACGGCCCCGAUAUGUUCGACGACUUUGACCAGUUCUAUCGCGAAUAUAACGGCGUCAGCGACUAUGAGGUGGUGGCAAAGCCCCGCCCGUCACCGUCAGACACGCUGUUGCGGACCCAUCUCACUGGUAGCGCCAACGCCUUUGGCUUGGACAACUUGUCCGAUGUACAAAUCUGGUCGAAUCCAGCACCUAAAGAUGACGACUCCGAUGAUGUUGACGAAGCGCUGACGCCGGAAGCGGCGCUGGUCACGGGCAAAGACCACCACCACCAAUUGGCUAAUGGCGGUGAUGGCGACGACGAAGAGCUGAACUUGCGCCGCCGGAUCAACAAGCACCACGACAUGAUCACCAACAGCAUGACUUAUUAUUCUUAA